AGUGGCCGCGAGUUCUUGGAGUGAAUUCGCGUUCGAGGCUUUCAAACACAAAUUUGGGAGGAUUGGAGCGGCUCAAACUUUCCCAGGAGUUAAAAAUUCAGGAUUUUAUUGGGCUUGUUGCGUUCUGUAAAAUGGGAUCCGUUUGCUUUUCUGGCUGGAUGAACUCCGGGGUGAUUUGUGGGGAGUUUUUCCAAGGGUGCUUUUCCCAAGGCUGUUUUCCAGAGGUUUUUCCAAGGGUGGAAUAAUGGUUUGGGACACGGAAAGAUGGAAACAGGAGUUUAAUUAUUCCCAGCCUCAAACUUUUAGGAGCUGAAGCGUUGCUAUAAAGAGAUCAGACACAGAUUGGGGAGGCAGAAAAAGCAGAAUUGAGGAGUGGCAGCAGCGUGAGGCUGACAGGAACCCUUUGAAGAGGAUUUGCCUGAUCCAGGGAAUGAAUCCCUGUGAAUUCCAGCAGGAAGGAGCCCCAGAGGAGCUGAGGGAGCCCUGAGGAGGAGCUGCUGGAGGAGGGGACACCCCAAUAACUGCCCGGGCCUGUGGCCUCCUGCCCUUUACUAACAAAUGUCAACAGCUCGGGAGCAGCCGAUUUUCAGCACCAGGGCUCACGUUUUCCAGAUCGACCCCGCCACCAAACGGAACUGGAUCCCGGCCAGCAAACACGCCCUGACCGUCUCCUACUUCUACGAUGCCACGCGCAGCGUCUACAGGAUCAUCAGCGUGGGGGGAACCAAGGCCAUCAUCAACAGCACCAUCACCCCCAACAUGACCUUCACCAAAACAUCCCAGAAAUUCGGGCAGUGGGCCGACAGCCGAGCCAACACCGUCUACGGGCUGGGCUUCGCCUCGGAGCAGCACCUGUCACAGUUUGCAGAGAAAUUCCAGGAGGUGAAGGAAGCAGCUCGUCUGGCCAGGGAGAAAUCCCAGGAUAAAACAGAGCUGACCAAUCCUGCCCUGAACAUCACAUCCCACCAGGUUCUUCCCAGCCCCAUCAUCAGCUCCAAUGGGCCGGGAGAGGAUAAAUUGUUCCGGAGCCAGAGCGCGGACGUGGAGAUAAGCACGGAGAAGGAGAGGCUGAAGAAGAUGCUCUCGGAGGGCUCCGUGAGCGAGGUGCAGUGGGAGGCCGAGUUCUUCAGCCUCCAGGACAACAACAACAAGCUGGUGGCCGCUCUGCACGAGGCCAACGCCAACGUGGACCAGUGGAAGAAGCAGCUGCUGGCGUACCAGGAGGAGACGGAAUCGCUGCGCCAGCGGGUGGCAGAGCUGGAGUCGCAGGGGACGCAGGAUUCCUCCAGCGACAACAACAAGGAGGAGCUGAGCCAGACCCUGGAGGAGCUGGAGCUGCUGCUCAAGGCUAAGGAUGAGGAGAUCCAGAUGCUGAAGAGCCAGAAGUGCGGCCGCUGGGAGGCCGAGGGGGAGCGCGAGGAGACGCUGCAGAAGCUGCAGGAGCUGGAGGCCCGGAACACGGAGCUGGAGCAGCGCCUUCACCUGGCUGAGCAGACCCUGGCAGAGAGCCUGGCCGAGAGGGAGAAGAUGCACAGCGAGGUCACCAAGGUGGCCGAGAUCAUGGAUGUGAAGAUCUUCGAGCUCAGCGAGCUCAGGCAGGGGCUGGCCAAGCUGGUGGAGAGCAACUGAGCAGCUCCAGAGGCGGAGGAGCCCCCCGGAGCAGGGGCAGCCCCAGCUGGGCCCGGGCACCGACAGCUCCGGAGGGCACGGAGCGGCCUCAGCGCCCGGCCGGGCAGGAUUUGCCACCCCACCAGCAGCUGCCUGCACAGAGAGCACACCAGAGCAGCCACUCGCUGCCCAGCGAGCCCCCAGAGCAGGGCACAGAGGACCUGAGCUCCUGAACUCUCUCCAGGGAGCGCCCAAAUCAUCUCCAGGGAGCACCUGGACCCACAAAUCCACUCCAGGGAGCACCUGGACCCACAAAUCCUCUCUAGGGAGCACCCAAAUCCUCUCCAGGGGGCACCUGGACCCACAAAUCCUCUCUAGAGAGCACCAGAACCCCCAAAUCCUCUCCAGGGAGCACCUGAAGUCCCUAAAUCCUCUCUAGAGAGCACCAGAACCCCCAAAUCCUCUCCAGGGAGCAUCUGAAUCCUCUCCAGGGAGCACCUGAACCCCCAAAUCCACGCCAGGGAGCACCCAAAUCAUCUCUAGAGAGCACCUGAACCCCCAAAUCCUCUCCAGGGAGCACCUGAACCCCCAAAUCCUCUCCAGGGAGCUCCUGGAGUCCCAGCCAGCGCUCUCUGGCUCUCCUUGGCCGUGGCACGGCCCAGAUGUGCCAGCUGUGCCCUGCCAGCUCCCUGCUGCCACCGUGGCCCCCAGGUUUUUACAUUUCCUGUGGGGAAAGGGCCCAGCAGCCUCAGUCUGGGUUUAUUUCUUUUCUCUGUAGUUUUAUUUUUUAGGAAACCACUUUUGCAAAUCAGCCACCUGGGGAGGGAGGGAGGGAGGAGAAAUUCCUGCUUUUCCCUCCAUCCUGGGCACUGCCUGGAGCAUCCCAAGGUGACCCCGAGUCCUUCCCACUGCUCCUCCAGAGGCAAAACUGCAGGAAAAGCCUGGGAAAGUCAAACAAAAAAAAAACCUUUUUACCUUUUUACGGGUGAAAACUUCGGGGCAGGUGAAUUUGGGAAGUGGGACAUCCCUCAGGGCACGGCCUGGGCUUGGCGUCGCUCCUGGCCUCCGAGGGCUGCGGAUAAUUGGAAUUAAAUGGAGCAAAUCCCAGGUGCUCUUGGAGGUUUUUUUGGGGGCUUUUUUUUUUUAAUUUUUAAUUUUUUUUUUUCCUUUUUAUUUUUGGGAAGCAGCCCCCGGGGAUGUCCUGCUCCGUGUGACGGGGACAGGUCCCAGCUGGAUUCAAGGAGAGCAGGAGGAGUCGGGAACACGCUGGGAUCGGUGCCCUGAGGGGCCUGGGGGAGGGUGGGGAGCUGUCCCAGAAAUUCAGGGAUUGUCCCAGAAACUCAGGAGUUAUCCCAGAAAUUCAGGGGUUAUCCCAGAAAUUCAGGGAUUAUCCCAGAAAUUCAGGGGUUAUCCCAGAAAUUCAGGGAUUAUCCCAGAAAUUCAGGAGUUAUCCCAGAAACUCAGGGGUUAUCCCAGAAACUCAGGGGUUAUCCCAGAAAUUCAGGAGUUAUCCCAGAAACUCAGGGGUUAUCCCAGAAAUUCAGGGGUUAUCCCAGAAAUCUGGGAGUUAUCCCAGCAAUUUGGAGGUUAUCCCAGAAAUUUGGGUGUUGCACCUAAAAUAUGGGAGUUAUCCCAGAAAUCUGGGAGUUAUCCCUAAAAUCCAGGACUUAGAGCAGAAGUUUGGGGGUUAUCCCAGAAAUUUGUGAGUUAUCCCAGAAAUCUGGGAGUUAUCCCAGAAAUCUGGGAGUUAUCCCAGAAAUUUGGGAGUUAUCCCAGAAAUCUGGGAGUUCUCCUAGAUGCUGUCCAGCCUUUGGGAUUGAGCCUGAGGGAGGCCCGUGGAAAACUGGAAUUGUGGAAAUGGUGGAAAUCCGGGAUUGUGGAAAUGGUGGGAAUUGUGUCCCUCUCCUGUGCCACUCCCAGAGCCCAUGGACUGGGAGCAGGGAUGGAUUUGGGUGGAUUUGGAUGGGUUUGGCUGGAUUUGGCUGGAUUUGGAUGGAUUUGGCUGGAUUUGGAUGGAUUUGGGGAUGUUUUUUUCCCGCUCUAAACCCGGCGAAGGCAGCAGAAAUCCUGGGAAUUUCUGGGAAUGUUCCCACAGAGGAUCCCACAGCAGGUCUGGCACCUCGGGAAUCUGCCGGUGGCUCCGUGCCCUUCCCAUUCCCAGGAAAAUGCAGGAAUUCCCAGACCUGCAGAGCUCUUCCCCUCCGGGUUUGGGCUUUUUUUCCCCUCAGUUUUUACUUUAUUUUCAUUUUUCUGUUGCAUGAAGCGUUCUCACGACUGUCUGGGGCUGGAGCUGCCACAGAAACUUUUUGUUCCAGGGUAUUUAAGAAGAAAAGGGAGGAAGUGGAGUGGGAGGACACAAAAAUUUUUCGGGAUUUGUUUCCCACCCCACGCCAGUGUUGGAUAUUUCCUCCCUCCUUCUGAAAUAGAGAUCAGCUCCCAGCAA